UUAUGGUAGAAUUGAAGGAUAACGAAGUUAUAAGUGCUCUUGGUUUAUUGUGGCAACCGUCAUCGGAUAGUUUCAAAUUUAUUAUGAAAGAUUGGUUACCUUCACAUAAUAUGACUAAAAGAAGUUUAUUGUCAGAUGUAAAUAGUGUUUAUGACCCUAUUGGUUUAAUUUCACCUGUUCUAAUUAAGGGUAAAAUUUUCAUUCAACAAUUUUGGGGCUUAAAAAUAGAUUGGAAUGAAACAUUGUCAGAAGAUUUAAAAUCUCGUUGGAUACAAUUUUAUUCAAAUUUAAAACUGUUAAGUAAUUUAACUAUACCUAGAAACGUAAUAAGUACGGAAGGCUGUAGUAUGCAAUUACAUGGUUUUUGUGAUGCUUCACAAAAUGCAUUUGGUGCUUGUAUAUAUAUUCGGUCAUAUAAUGAUGAUGGGUUAUGUCAUGUACACUUGUACACUUCUAAAUCAAGAGUAGCUCCUCUCAAGGCAUCAACAAUUCCCAGGCUUGAAUUAUGUGGUGCGCUACUAUUAGCAGAACUUGUAGUUGAGGUUCAGAAAGAGUUGACGAAGUUAAAUUUUGUUGUUCCACAACGAGAUGUAUAUGUAUGGACCGAUUCAACUAUUGUGCUUGCCUGGAUUCAAAGUCAGUCCAUUUUUCAAGUUUAUGUUUCAAAUAGAAUUGCCAGAAUCAAUGAUGUGACUUCUCCUACUCAGUGGCGAUACACUCCAACUACUACCAAUCCUGCUGACUUAAUCACUCGAGGAGCUGAUACAGAGCGUUUUAAUUCAUGCACAUUGUGGUGGAAUGGUCCUCACUGGUUAUCUCAAUCGGAAGAUAAUUGGCCUGUGAUUUCAAAUUUGCCAGCAAAUUUACCUGAAAUGCGACCGAUAAAGUUAGUGUUAUCAACGGCAGCAGAUAGAUCGCAAUGGUUGCUCAAUAACUAUUCCAAGUGGUCAACGCUCCUUCGGGUAACGGCUUUCAUUCAAAGGUUUGCUAUUAAUUGCAAAAUCAAAAGAGACAACGCAGUACAACGUAAAACGGGUCUUUUGAGUCUUUCCGAAAUAAAAUUAGCUCACACCUUUUUGUUAUUAAAAGCCCAACAUGAAGCGUUUUUAAACGAGAUAUCAUCACUUAAGACUAACAAUCCUGUUCAUGGUCGCAGCUGCCUCAAAUCACUAAAUCCAUUCAUUGACGGCGAUGGCCUCAUUCGGGUAGGAGGAAGACUUGAGAAUUCUUCUCUAUCAUACCAUGCCAAACAUCCGAUUGUUUUACCUUCUACCUCAGUGGUAACACGGUUGCUUUUCGAACAUGAACAUCGGCGUUUGAUGCAUGUUGGCCCUCAGGCAUUACUUACGCAUAUGAAUAAUACGUAUUGGCCUAUUCGUGGAAGGAUUAUUGCUAGAAAAGUUGUUUGGAAAUGUAUUCAAUGUUUCAAGUCCAAGCCGCGGUUCAGCUCCCCUUUUAUGGCAGCUCUUCCUCGUGAGCGAGUCACUUUUGCACGGCCGUUUACUCGCACCGGAGUGGACUUUUGCGGUCCUAUUAUGGUUAAAAGUGGAUUGAGAAAGGUGACCCCAAUUAAAUGUUAUGUGUGUGUAUUUGUGUGUAUGUGCACCCGAGCAAUACAUCUAGAACUUACUUCUACUUUGGCAACAGAAGAUUUUUUAGCAGCAUUUAAUCGCUUCAUUGCACGACGGGGACAAUGCUCAGAUUUAUUCAGUGACAACGGGACUGGUUUUGUUGGGGCUAACCGAAUAUUACAAGACCAAUUUCUCGCUUUACAAAAAUGUAAAAAAUUGAGUGAUUUCUUGUUAAACCUUAGUAUCACGUGGCACUUCAUACCCCCUUCUGCGCCGCACUUUGGUGGCCUUUGGGAGGCGGCAGUGCAAUCUGCCAAAUGUCAUUUGCUGAAGGUAACUAAGGGAGUAAUGUUGAAGUACGAUGAAACCGUUACGUUAUUAUGUCAAAUAGAGGCUGUAUUAAAUUCCCGGCCUCUUUGCCCAAACUCCACUGAUCCUUCAGAUUUCAACGUUCUCACGCCUGCUCAUUUCCUGGUUGGUGGUUCCUUGUUACUUCCAGCAGAACCAGAUGUUUCCUCUGUGCCGCAAAAUCGAUUAAAAAGGUUUAAACUCAUGCAGUCUUUAUUUCAAACCUUUUGGAAAAGAUGGGUUGGUGAGUAUCUGCCUCAACUUCAACGCCGAGGCAAAUGAAUCAAAAUGAAGCGGAAUGUUAUCAUUGGUGAUUUGGCAAUCAUAAAGAAUGACACUGUACCGCCUUACCAAUGGCCGUUGGUUCGAGUAACUGCUGUUCAUCCAGGAACCGAUGGAAUUGUUCGUGCCGUUACUGUGAAAAAUUCUGGCGGAGCAGAUUUUAAACGUCCUGUGGUAAAACUUGCUUUUCUACCUACUGCUGAAGAUAAUGAACUGGAUGAAAAUAACCCCCCAUAAUAUUGUUAUCCCAUUAAUUAGUUGCCUAAUAUUGUGAUAUGGCCUAAUAUAUGUAGUA